CGAAAGAGUGUGCCAGUGCAGAGGAGCGCAGGGGGAGUGAGUUAGAUAUUGCGCGGGCCUUACUGAAUAACCAGUUGUUUACGGAAGCAAUUGGGUGGUACACCAAACUGCUCACAGGACCACCAGAUGGUCCGAUGAUGAAGGAGGACGUGCCGAUACACUUUUACAUUGGGUUGGGUAACCACAAGAUGGGCAACAAGGUUGCUGCCGUGUCUAUUUGGGAGAAAGCUUUACGUGUGGAUCCUGCGGACGAGAAUGUGUACAUACGUAGGUCGCUGUCGCUGUUGCUGGAAGAGUUGGGACAUCAUGCUCGAGCGCAGGCGGUUGUAUCAGUUUUAGCACCGUCGCAGCUGAGACGUGAGCUGGUGCUGCCCAGAUUGGAGGGCGAGUAUCGCGUGCACACACAAAGGACAAAGCCCGCAAAGGAUGCCUUGGCCCUCAGUCGUGCUACCAUGCUGCUGCAUCAGUGCCAAGAACUGAUCAAACUGGAAAAGUACGACGAGCUCCUGAACAAACACCUGCCCGUUAUCAAUUCGGUUGUCCGAUAUCGGGACAGGCAAGAAACAGUUGGAUUCCAACAGCUUACCAUGCAGGUAGGUCUGAAACACAUGAUUUGCCUUUGGGUGCUCUGA